GGAAGAGAGGAAGGACCUUGCAAUUCUCUCCUUCACAAAAUGAAAUUUCCAAGUGCUUUUGUUUUGUUCGUCCUCGUUUUGCAAACGGUAGACUGUCAAGUAAGAAAUCGUUGGAAACGGCCGUUGCAAGCGAUCACGUCAAAGUUAAGUGGGCGGCUUUCUGUUUCCAAUCCGCAAUUGCAAUACGUCAAUCUGAGCGAGCAGGGCAUCCGUCCAAAUGGGUUUGUCGGUGCGGCUGUUGCCCAAGACGUUGACAGAUCAACAAAGCCUAAUCAUCCGUCAGGGCGACACCAUUCAGGUCAACUCAUUGACGAAAGUGGGCAUGUUUUUGACGAGUGGGACGAGCCGGAAGUGGUGGGAAACAAAGCCCAGUCGAGGCACUCAUCUUUAAUAGCCACUCGUGUGAUACCGAACGACAUCAAUCACGUGUACAGAAAAUCAAUGCCGACGGCAUCGUUGUACAGGAUGCCAAUCUACGAGCAAGAUUCCUAUCUGGAAGCGCUGGAACUGUCGAGACUUCCGUGUCAAACGCUGGAAGACCCCGACGAUUGUUACGAUUCGACGCAGCUGCUCCGUCAACGUCCCGUAACUCCGCCCAGCAAAAAAUUGUUGGCAACAAUCAGAAUCCUGGUCAACUUCCACAACCAUCGUCCUAAACAUCAAUAGUUUUAUUAUUUAUA